CACUGUAACUAACAGACAAUCAUCCGCUUCUCUCUCUAUCUCUAAACUCUCAACUCACUCACUCACUCAUUAACUCAUUCAUCCUCCAUUUUCAAGAUCUCCGAAAAAUCAAAUGCCGUAAUUUCAAAGUUUUUAGGGUUUUCUUAUCUUCAAUCAAAGGAAAUUUAAUACUUGUAUGAUGUUUUCCUCAUCUCAUUCCUUAAUCUUCCUCGCCUUUUCUGCUCUUUUCUUCCACUUCUGCAAUGCCCGCGUUUUCACCUUUGAAAUGCAUCAUCGAUAUUCAGAACAACUUAAGAUUUGGUCGCAGAAGAAUUCUCUCUUUCCGCAUCAUCAUCAUCAUCAUUGGCCCAAGAAAGGCUCCUUUGAGUAUUAUUCUGAGUUAGCACAGCGUGAUCAUUUUCUCAGGGGUCGCAAGAUUUCCCAACUUGAAAAACCUGUUACUUUUUCCGACGGAAAUUCCACCUUCCGCAUUAGUUCUUUGGGAUUUUUGCACUAUACGACGGUGACGUUGGGGACACCGGGGAUGAAGUUCUUGGUAGCAUUGGAUACAGGAAGUGAUCUCUUUUGGGUGCCUUGUGAUUGUACAAGAUGUGCUCCCAUUCAGAGUGCAAAUUAUGCUUAUGCCUCUGAUUUUGAGCUUAGCAUAUACAACCCGAAGGCAUCAUCCACUAGCACAAAAGUAUCAUGCAACAACACUUUGUGUUUACAUCGUAACAAAUGCUUAGGAUCAUUCAGUCAUUGUCCUUACGUAAUCUCUUAUGUCUCUGCUGAGACAUCAACUUCUGGAAUAUUAGUGGAGGAUGUUAUGCAUUUGACAACAGAAGAUCGCCAUCCUGAAUCAGUGGAAGCAUAUGUUACAUUUGGUUGUGGACAAGUUCAGACUGGUUCGUUUCUAGAUGUGGCAGCCCCCAAUGGUUUAUUUGGACUUGGUAUGGAGAACAUAUCAGUACCGAGCAUAUUAUCUAGGGAAGGUUUUAUAGCAGAUUCCUUCUCCAUGUGUUUUGGGCACGAUGGAGUUGGAAGGAUUAGCUUUGGUGACAAAGGUAGCCCUGAACAGAAGGAAACUCCAUUCAAUGUAAAUCCCUUACACCCUAGUUAUAACAUAACUAUUACUCAGAUUCGAGUUGGAACAGCUCUCAAUGAAGUGGAUUUUACUGCUCUUUUUGACUCUGGGACUUCUUUCACAUAUAUGGUUGAUCCCUCUUAUACAAAGCUUGCAGGAAAUUUUGAUUCACAAAUUAAAGAUAAGAGGCGUCCUGCUGAUUCAAGAAUUCCUUUUGAAUAUUGCUAUGAUAUGAGACCUGAUGCAAAUACCAGUUUAAUACCUACUGUCAGUCUUUCUAUGCAAGGGGGUAGCCAGUUUACGGUCGAUGAUCCUAUCAUUGUGAUUUCAACACAGAGUGAACUUGUAUAUUGUCUUGCUGUGGUGAAGAGUACAGAGCUCAACAUUAUUGGACAAAACUUCAUGACUGGCUAUCGUAUAGUAUUUGACAGAGAGAAAUUAAUCUUGGGCUGGGAGAAAUCUGACUGUUACGAUUUUCAGGUCCUAAACCCUUCUGUGGGAGGUAAUGACACCCUCGUCCCUCCUGCAGUUGCUGCGCAACCUGAUAAUAAAACAUUAGGUGCUAUGGGGAGCAAAUCUCAUAGUUCAGCAGCAUCACCAACUUUCUCCUGCCAUUUUUGUGAGCUAUGUAAUUCUUUGAUUACACUGACUUUCAUAAUUUUCUUACUUUACUAGCACUUUAGAACCACAUGUGUAUUCUUUUUCUCCCCCGACCCCUUGUAUUGUAAGUUUUUUAGGGUCUCCAUUGUUAGAAGAUCAGAUGCUUAAAUAGGAAGUAUUGGUAUUCUUUUCAGCAAUAUAUUAUCAAUGGGUAGGCCACUAUAUUAUUGGCUAAUAGUAAUAGAGUAAAUAUAUUUUGGGACAUGACUGACUACAUGACGCCUAUCAUAAUUGUUUGGGUUUUCCUACGUGUUAUACUCUUAUGUUUCAUCAACUUCUACGUUGUAUCUUAAUCUUUUUAAAUUUCUACA